AUGAAAAGCGCGGCAGAGAUGACUGUACAUUGGACAAAUAAGCACUUGGAUAUAUUGCGAAGAUUCCAAUGCUCUGAUUGUGGUAUGACGUUUUGUCAUGUAGAAGAUUUUUGGGGUCACCAAUGUCGUUCUCAUUUCAUGCAACAGAAGUGUAGUUGUGGAUUCGCCGUGACUUUCUCAUCACGAACCGCAUUCUUGCUUCACUUUGGUAUGCAUAUAGACGAAGCGAACAUGACUUGCAAGUUAUGUAAAUUCAAGUUUUCAUCAAAAGUUGCUUUACAGAAUCACCGUCUCUCACAUGCUAUCAUGGUCAACAGCGCAACAGGGAGACAGCUGAUGAUUUUGGACCCGAAACUAGCUGUGCCAGAGGUAGAUCCUUGA